GCACACCCAUCUUCACAUUACACACUUCAUCUCCACGUCUUCUUCCUUCCCGUGCAAAAUUUCCCACGACCAGACCUUACCUGUCUGUUCAUCUUCGUUGUUAUCACCAGUUACACCUUUUUCUUUCUCUUCCUUCCUUCUUGUUCCUCCCUUUUCGUCACCUUCUACAGACUCCUCAAUCCGACAAGACAAAGACGUCUCACCUGUCUAUCUCCUUAACGCGCGUUGGCCCGAGCUGCGUGUGUCUUCUUCCUGUCACUCGUUCUAUCCUCAUUUUCCGAAACAUAAAUCGGUUGCACAUACACAAUGGCUUCUAACGGCGCCCCUGUCUCCACCCCUCCAGAGCCUCCUACUGCCACAUCUGGCGGCGUGAUUGAGAACAAGAACAUUGUUCGCAGGAAGCUGACUGGAUACGUUGGCUUUGCCAACCUGCCAAACCAAUGGCACCGCAAGAGUGUCCGCAAGGGUUUCAACUUCAACGUGAUGGUUGUUGGCGAGUCGGGUCUUGGAAAGUCUACCCUCGUGAACACGCUUUUCAACACCUCCCUCUACCCACCUAAGGAGCGGAAGGGACCCAGCCUCGAUAUCCUUCCCAAGACUGUGACCAUCCAGUCUAUCAGCGCUGAUAUUGAGGAGGCUGGUGUCCGUCUCCGACUGACGGUCGUUGACACGCCUGGCUUCGGUGACUUUGUCAACAAUGACGAGUCCUGGCGGCCUAUCACGGACAACAUCGAGCAGCGAUUCGAUGCUUACCUGGACGCCGAGAACAAGGUCAACCGCAUGAACAUCGUGGACAACCGCAUCCACGCUUGUGUUUUCUUCAUCCAACCCACGGGCCACUCUUUGAAGCCUCUGGAUAUCGAGGUCAUGAAGCGCCUCCACACCAAGGUCAACCUGAUUCCCGUCAUCGCCAAGUCUGACACCCUGACAGAUGAGGAGGUGACCGCCUUCAAGGCCAGAAUCCUGGCAGAUAUCAAGCACCACAACGUCCAGAUCUUCGAGGGUCCCCGCUACGAGCUCGAUGACGAGGAGACCAUCGCCGAGAACAACGAGAUAAUGUCCAAGGUUCCCUUCGCCGUGGUUGGUGCGACCAACGAGAUCACCAAUGCCGACGGGCGCAAGGUCCGAGGCCGUCAGUACCCUUGGGGCGUCAUUGAGGUCGACAACGAGGAGCACUGUGACUUCGUCAAGCUCCGCCAGAUGUUGAUCCGGACCCACAUGGAGGAGCUCAAGGAGCAUACCAACAACCUCCUCUACGAGAACUACCGCACGGACAAGCUCAUCCAGAUGGGAGUCUCUCAAGACCCCAGCGUCUUCAAGGAGGUCAACCCCGCCGUCAAGCAGGAAGAGGAGCGUGCCCUCCACGAGCAGAAGCUCGCCAAGAUGGAGGCAGAGAUGAAGAUGGUCUUCCAACAGAAGGUGGCUGAGAAGGAGUCCAAGCUCAAGCAGAGCGAGGAAGAGCUGUACGCGCGGCAUCGCGAGAUGAAGGAACAGCUCGACCGCCAGCGGCAGGAACUCGAAGACAAGAAGUCGAGAGUCGAGAGCGGGCGGCCCAUCGAGAAGGAAGGCAAGAGGAAGGGAUUCUCCCUCCGAUAAACAGCCUCUCUCCUACCUUUCCCUCGAAGAUCAUGCCCGCGCACGCCUCAUGCCCUCGCCAAACCAACCCCGCCGAUUUCCAAGUCUUGUCUUUCCGUUUUUUCUUCUUUUUCUCCAGUUUAAUCUCAACCUACUUAAUCGUCGAAAAGUCACACAUGGCUCGACCAACCGGACCAGCCUGCGGGUGGAACCUGGCAACCAGGCGCGUCAUACGAAACGGCAAUGUCGAAAUGUAUCGACAAUCGCUUUGCUGCCGCGACUUAGUUGUCACUGGCAGCUCAGAUCAGGAUCCUUGAACCACUUUUUGCGAUAUACGAUUUGGUUUGGAGCUUUUCCGAGCAAAGGUCCCCUGCAUCCUUCAAAGACGGUCUAGAACACCUUUCCCUCACAUUCGAUCCGGAGUCGACUCGGCAUUCGCGGUUUUCCUGGCGCACGCGUACGGACAGCGCUGGCCUUUAUUUGCUUCUUUUCAUUACUUGUUCAGAGAUAUCUGUCGAGCCGACACUUGAGAAUACGACUUCUUAUAAUUCACGACGGACUUUAGCAUCCCUCCUCGCCGGAAGGACCUAAUUCAUUUUCAAUGGCACCCCACGACCAACCAUUCGGGGGAACUCUUUUCUCAUAUCCCUGGGGGGCGUUGAAUGAAUCCCCAGAGGACUCUAUAGGGGCGCGUAUUUGGAUGCGUGCUGUGUGGUGGAGGGGAGGUGAGCAUUGGUUUGCGGCACCUAGUGACUGGGGAAUAAGACAGGAGGAUGUGUGACCCGGUGGUCGGAUGGGUAGCCCACGAGCAUGGCAGGUGUGGAUGCGUCCGGAUUCUCGAAGUCGGUAUCUCGUUGGAGGAGCUGGGAUCGCAUUGGAAGGCUCUCUACUUACAUACCCCUGCCUCUCAAGCAUGUUUUUUCUCUUUCCCGGCCCGUUCAGUGUCGACUACUACUACUACUACUACUACUACUACUACUACAGUAUUUUCCUUGUUGUCACCCUGCAGCUCUUCUUUUAGUCUAGUGGUUCAGAGUCAGAAAACGAUGGACAUCCAUCACAAACC